CGAGUCGGAGCUGUUAAACUAGGAGGAGUCGUGCAGCAUUUUCCGGAUAAUAGUCAUUCUAUCCACGUUGCUAGUCAACACUGGGGCAGUUUCGGCGGCGGCUGGCAGCCUUCUCGACUUUGUUCAUGCAGGGAAAGAGCAUUCUUAAGAUUGAGGGGCAUAAUCAGCCGCCUGUGUCCUGCGAGAAGGGUUUCUCGCAUGGGCGCGUUGCCCGGCACGCUUGACAAAGUUUUUCUUCUCUAUUCACCGCACAGGCACUAUUACCGCACUACGUAUGUGAAUUUGGAACAGUUGAAUUUCUUCUUGUCGAAACCCAAGUAUAUUUCUCCGCAACAAACCGCGAAUCUUUAACGAUCUUGCUUCGUUCCGCCACACCACCCCCGGGUAGCAACAAUGGAGACCAGAAAGAGGAAGCGUAUAGUCUCGAUUAAUGAUUACGAGCUCCCGCGCAAGCGAACUCGUAGUCAAAAGACACUACCCAAGCUCACUGCCUCUGAUGACAAUAAGGCAGCAACUGACAAAGACCCUGGUAUUGCGGAUCCUGCGCCCCCCUCUACUGCAAUGGUCACACCAUCUCUAUCUCCUGCCAAAUUGGAUCCUAAACCCAACACCACAUCUAAAAGCAAGAAGACAACCAAGAUCGUACUCAAAAUAGCCCCUAAGAAGCUUGUUGGAUCUGAAAAGGCACCCGCGAAACAGUCGUCUGUUGUACCUAUGUUGACGAGUCGGACUCCAACCACGAACACCUCUAAAAAGGAACUCUCCGUCGCUACUGAUACCCCUUUGAAAGCCCCCUUACCUGUACUGCCAAUGUCUUCGUCUGGGCUAUCUGUUGCGGAUAAAGAUGUUGUAAAACGUCAAAAAGCCUUCAUGCAGAAAGAACAGCGACUCGCCCGCGGAGGAGAGGGAGUGGAUUUCCUUCUUCGAUUACCAACCUCUAGCUUCAAAUACGUCACCAAGACAGGCAAACUCUCUCAGAAUAUCCGCUACAGAUCUUCUUCCCCCGCCCCCGAACAUCCUAAAAUCCAGGAAGCAGGAAAAAACGGCACAAUGACCCGUGAGAAGGACUACUGGUACCGAGGAAUGCCCCGCAACGUGAAAAUACCUACAGCCGGAAUACCAUCGGACAAGUCUUAUGCUACCCUUCAUGCCGAUUCCGAGGACGCGUUUCACUCUAGGCCUUCUAUCAAGCUUUUUGUUCCUGACAUUCUGAAGGCGAUGCUAGUUGAUGAUUGGGAGAACAUCACAAAGAACAACCAACUUGUCCCCCUCCCUCAUCCUCACCCGGUGACGAAGAUCCUCGAGGACUACGCUGCUUAUGAGACCCCGAAGCGCCCUGGCGGCUCCUCUCACGUGGAUAUCCUUGAGGAGACCUUGGCGGGCCUGAAAGAGUACUUCGACAAGUCCCUUGGCCGUAUUCUCCUCUAUCGAUUCGAACGUGCCCAAUAUGCAGAAAUGUACCAGAAGUGGAUAUCCGAAGACCCCGAGUAUCAAGGCAAGACUGCAAGUGACACCUAUGGUCCUGAGCACUUGAUGCGCCUAAUUGUGUCCUUGCCGGAGCUUGUUGCUCAGACAAACAUGGACCAGCAAUCGGUCAACCGUCUACGCGAGGAACUAGUCAAGUUCUGCACCUGGCUGUCUAAGAACACAACAGAGUACUUCGUCAGCCAUUACGAGUCCCCCCCUCAGGACUACAUCCAGAAGGCCAAGGAUUGAUUUGGUGGCGGUCAUUUGGCUCUGUUGAUGAUUCCUACUACCUGCAAUUCUUCAUUUAGCAUAUUCCGCCAAGCAUUGUCUUCUCAAGGGACGAAGACCGAAAUACCAUUUGCCGCACCGAUAUCUUUGGCACCUCUAGCUCUGGAACGUUAUUUUCGGUUCCCCUUGUACAAAUACUAGAUUUCUUCUGGUCGAUGCGAAAAGCUUGCCGUUAGGGCGUUUUACUAGGUUACCUAACGUACCUAAUGUAACAGUGCCCCAGGAGAAAUGAUUCAUGCACUUGUAGCAUAAAGGAAGGAUAUUUGCGGUAUUGGUCUGGACGCGUACUUUGAGGUUGCAUUUGAUUUUGCGAUGGUUUUGUUUUCUUUUAAUAAUAAUAAUACAUUGGCAUUUCCUUACAUAGGUACCUUAGGUACUCUGAAGCACCAUGCUACGUUAAGUGACCGUCUAGCUUGAUUUAGGUACUAUUACAAUAUGUUCCUGCCUGCUAAACAGACCGGGGC